UGAGGGGGCGUGGCCUCGCCCUGAGGCGAAGGGUGGAGCACCCGAGCCCAACUUGUUCACACUUUAAUAAUUAAUUAGACCAAGCCUGUUAUGUGUUGCCAGAUUUUGAUCAACUUUAUUUCAUGUGAAACCCGGGGGACGCUCGCGGGGUCUCCGUCCGUCUCAUGGGGGACGUUGGAGAUGGACUCGGGGGGUUGUAGCUGUGCCUUUAAUGGCGCCCCAGGGAAUGAUGGGGAUGGAGGUGAUGUCGGGAUCUCCAGUGCUCCUCCGUCCUGGGGGAUGCCGUGAGGAGAUCCCCGCAGGAUUAGCGGGGUUGCCUCCAACCUUCUCAUCCUGGAGGAUUGCCGGGGCUCUCUGUCCAUGUCCCUUUUUGGAGUCUCCAUCUUUCAUUUGGGUGCACCGGGAGCUCUCCAUCUCCCUCACCGUAACGAGCGGGCCGUGUCGCCCUCCUCCGGGCCGGAGGGGCCGGGCUGCCUCCGCCCUCACCCUGUGUGGGGAUGAGGAGUCAUUUCCGUCUCUCCUCCACAAUGGAGGGGGACAUGAGGGUCUCUGUGCUCACCUUGGUGAGGGCUGGAGGAGAACUCUGUGGAGCGGAGAAAUCGCUGUCGGGGCCUCCGCACCCUCCACUGUCGAUUCUCGGGAGGACGCCGUGGUGAUCUCGGGGAGGAAGCUGGCGCGGCAGAUCCGGCAGGAAGCGCGGCACGAGGUGCAGCAGUGGGUGGCUGCGGGGAACAGGAGGCCUCACCUGAGCGUGGUGCUGGUGGGGGAGAACCCGGCCAGCCACUCCUACGUCCUCAACAAAACCAAAGCAGCGGCUGAUGUGGGGAUCAGCAGCGAGACCAUCCUCAGGCCAGCCUCCAUCAGCGAGGAGGAGCUGCUGGAGUUGAUCAGCAAGCUCAACAACGACGCAGCCGUGGACGGGCUGCUGGUGCAGCUUCCCCUGCCUGAGCACAUCGACGAGCGCAGGCUCUGCAACGCCGUGAGCCCGCACAAGGACGUGGACGGCUUCCACGUGAUCAACGUGGGCCGAAUGUGCCUGGACCAGGACUCCAUGCUGCCCGCCACGCCCUGGGGCGUCUGGGAGAUCAUCCGCAGGACAGGAAUCCCGACGCUGGGCAGGAACGUGGUGGUGGCGGGCAGGUCCAAGAACGUGGGGAUGCCGAUCGCGAUGCUGCUCCACACCGACGGCAGCCACGAGCGGCCCGGAGGGGACGCCACGGUGACGAUCUCGCACCGCUACACGCCCAAGGAGCAGCUGAAGCAGCACACGAUCCGCGCCGACAUCGUGGUGGCAGCUGCAGGCAUCCCCAACCUGAUCACGGCCGACAUGAUCAAGGAAGGCGCCGCCGUGAUCGACGUGGGCAUCACCAGGGUGCAGGACCCCGUCACUGCCAAGCCCAGGCUGGUGGGGGACGUGGAUUUUGAAGGAGUGAGGAAGAAGGCGAGUUACAUCACCCCGGUGCCCGGCGGUGUGGGGCCCAUGACCGUGGCCAUGCUGAUGAAAAACACCAUCAUCGCCGCCAAGAAACUGCUGAAACCCAAAGAGCUCGAGGCUCUGCCUGCCUAGGCAGGCCUGGGAUCUGAGCCUGGCUGGGCUCGCCUCAGGAGCUGGGCCCACCGAGAGCUGGGCCUAGCUAGGCCUCCCUUGGAUCUGGGCCCACCGAGAGCCGGGCCUAGCCAGGCCUUCCUUGGAUUUGGGCCCACCGAGAGCCAGGCCUAGCCAGGCCUUCCUUGGAUUUGGGCCCCUCAGGAUCCAGGCCUAGCUGGGCCCACCGAGAGCCGGGCCUAGCUAGGCCUCCCUUGGAUCUGGGCCCACCACCGGGAGCCGGGCCUGGCUGGACCCCCAUUGGAUUUGGGCUCCCCAAGAGCCAGGCCUAGCUGGGCCCACAGAGAACUGGGCCUAGCUGGGCUCCCUUUGGAUCUGGGUCCCUCAGGAUCUGGGCCCAGGCUCCCCUUGGAUCUGGGGCCUCCACUUUGAUCGGGGCCUAGCUGGGCCCCCCAAAAGAUGGGCCUAGCUAGGCCUCCCUUGGAUUUGGGCCCCCCCUUGGAUCUGGGCCUAGCUGGGCCCCCCAAAAACUGGGCCUAGCUGGGCCUCCCUUGGAUCUGGGCCCCCCUUUGGAUCCAGGCCUAGCUGGGCCCCCCAAAAGUCGGGCCUAACCAGGCCCCCCCUUGGAUUUGGGCCCCCCCUUGGAUCCAGGCCUGGCCAGGGCCUCUCUGGCCCACGACAUUCCAGACUGACUCGGAACAGGCCGAUAGAAAAUGCAAUAUUUCUUAUUUAUUGUCUCGCACGUGGGGCUGUUCCCCGCUCGGAGCUCACAGGUAUUUAUUGGAAGUGUUGAGCUGGGAUUAUCCACACUCCUGCUUUGUUUGAGCUGGGAUUAUCCACAUUUCUGCUUUGUUUGAGCUGGGAUUACCCACAUUUCUGCUUUGUUUGAGCUGGGAUUAUCCACAUUUCUUCUUUGUUUGAGCUGGGAUUAUCCACACUCCUGCUUUGUUUGAGCUGGGAUUAUCCACAUUUCUGCUUUGUGUUUGAGCUGGGAUUAUCCACACUCCUGCUUUGUUUGAGCUGGGAUUAUUCACAUUUCUGCUUUGUUUGAGCUGGGAUUAUCCACAUUUCUGCUUUGUGUUUGAGCUGGGAUUAUCCACAUUUUUACUUUGUGUUUGAGCUGGGAUUAUUCACACUCCUGUUUUCUAUUUGAGCUGGGAUUAUUCACAUUUCUCCUCCUUUCUUUCUGACCUGGGAUUAUUCACACUCCUGCUCUGUUUGAGCUGGGAUUAUCCCCAUUUCUCCUGCUUUGAGCUGGGAUUAUCCACAUUUCUCCUGGUUGUGUUUGAGCUCAAUUAUCCCCAUUUCUCCUUUCUGCCCUGGGAUUAUCCCCAUUUCUCCUGAGCCAGCCCCGCUCCUGCAGGAUCUUCUUGGCAUCCCAGCAAUUCCAGCCUCCCUGGUUUUAUUCUCCAAACCCCAGCAUUCCCAAUUCCCUGCUGGAUUUUUAAUUUAAGCUCUCCUGUAGAGGAAUUACUUGAAAAAAAACCUGAAAAUUGAAGCCAUAUUUGUGUAACAUUUCUUAGAGUGCAGCUAGGCUGGGCUUUAUUUCACUCUUUGGAUGGUGAAUUUUUUAAAAAUCCUUUUGUUUUCUAACCAAAGAACCACCUUGGGUUUAGGGGGAGGUUUCCUGCACCGUGUUGUAAAGUGUGAGUGCUCGGUGAGUAGUGCAGGUUAAAUAAAGUGUGAGAAGAGAGAAAAAAUAAAAAUAAAAAAUCCUUUUUGUGCCCUGU